UUCUUUCACACCUGCCAAUUCCCGCUGCGCUACACGGAUUACGGUGCGGGAGAAGCAGCGGGCGAGGUGGUGCACUGAGGCGCCGGACCGGGCCGGUAAAAUCUUCGUGUGAAUGACCGGAAUCUUCACUGUGACGCUUUAAAGGACUCAUUUUGUCUCAUGAACUAUUCAUUAUUCAUCGUCUCCCCGACCCUCUGAUAUACUCCAGAUAUCUUCAGAGGAGACGCACCGGGCCGAGUUAACAGAGGGUGAGCGACGUAGAGAGAGAGAGGAAGAGAGAGAGGGAGAGGGGGGGGGGAGAUAGUGCGCGGGAGAGAAAGCGACCAGCUUCGGCUGCGAAGUAAAACCCCCCCAAACCCGUUAAAUGUACAACGGUCUCCGACAGAGCCGGAGAGACGCCACUGUGGAUUUUUUGGGAUUGUUUUAACUAACACGCGAAAAAUUGUUUCCUGGUUAAACUGGACUUUCGCUCCUUACUGCGUGGGAUAUAUUGUCGUGGAAUUCUUCCUCAUUUCACCUGCACGAGGACAGCGACCGGUGGGUGAGGAGGAGGUGAGAGAUAGAGAGAGAGAGAGGGGAGGCAGUGGCGAGAAGAAGAGAGGAAGAAAAACGUUCGAAGGUGGGAUCUUUUAUUUUUAGUUUCUCUCGAAUGGGAUUCCUCCCUCACCCCGCGAAUGGGGGGGUUGAAACCGGGAGUAAAAAACGGGGAGCGAGAGAAAGAGAGCGGAGGAUGUAGCCGUCGGGCGCUGUGAGAAUGCAAAACGGACGCACCCCUCUGGAAGACCGGAUUGAACUAUAAACCCAUACGGAAUUUACAGGCACCGGAGGGAGAGCAUGCACAUUCGGCUCGAAGCCUCACCUCUGGAACCUUUGCGCGUGGAGUUACAACUAUAAUCACCACUGGCGUUCAAAUGAUGCCAUUUGGAAAGAUAAUUGCGCACUGACGCCCGGGGAACGAAGGGACCGCAACAUCCCGGCACAGUGAUCGACAGAGAGACGAUUUCGGACCUUUACCCUCUACCAUGAUGUUGUAGCGGUGGUAACAUGUGAAACCUGUAUCGGAGUCUGAUCCGCUUUUACAUCUCUAAAGUGAGGCAGACCAUAACCGCCCGAGGUCAACCACGGUGGUCCGCAGGGGGGCGGCUCAAGCUCAGGCGUGGGUGCCAGAGGAAGGAUUGUAGCGUUGCUGUAGCAGCCUGGGGGCAAGGGGCGAGCCUGGGACGCUGAUUGGCACGUGUCUCUUCGUGGUGAACGUCAGCGGCUCCUUCUCCGGUUCACACCUGGUGCAUCUAAGGUGUCGCGUCCAGGUGGGGUGGUAACCAUGGAGAGGCUGUUGCUGUGUGUGAUGCUAGCGGUUGCCAUGGCGGUGAGGGCGCAAAACUGCCCAAAGCGCUGCGUGUGUCAGAUCCUGUCGCCCAACCUGGCAACCCUGUGCGCCAAGAAAGGUCUCCUGUUUGUACCGCCAAACAUUGACAGGCACACCGUGGAGCUGCGACUGGCUGACAACUUCGUCACAAGUGUGAAGAGGAAAGAUUUCGCAAACAUGACACGGCUGGUGGACCUGACAUUAUCCAGGAACACCAUCUCCUACAUCACACCUCAGGCCUUCACCGAUUUGGAGAACCUCCGAGCUCUACACCUCAACAGCAACCGGCUGACGAGGAUAGGCAACGAUACGUUCAGCGGGAUGUCGAAGCUGCACCACCUGAUUCUGAACAACAACCAGUUGGUGCUGAUCCACCAGGGAGCGUUCAACGACCUGCUGGCACUGGAAGAAUUGGACCUGAGUUACAAUAACCUGGACACUAUUCCUUGGGAGGCCAUCCAGAGAAUGAUUAGCCUCCACACGCUGAGUUUAGAUCACAACAUGUUGGACUAUAUUCCAGAGGGGACGUUUUCCCUGCUACAGAAACUCAACCGGCUGGACGUCACCUCUAAUAAACUCCAAAAGCUGCCACCGGACCCUCUUUUUCAACGAGCACAGGUCCUGGCCACGUCAGGCAUCAUGACCUCCUCCUCAUUUGCCCUGUCCUUCGGUGGGAACCCUCUCCACUGUAACUGCGAGUUACUGUGGCUGCGGAGACUGAACAGGGAGGACGACCUGGAGACGUGUGCGUCCCCCCAGCAGCUCUCUGGCCGAUACUUCUGGUCCAUCACUGAGGAGGAGUUCAUCUGCGAACCCCCACUCAUCACCAGAUACUCCCAUGAGAUGAGGGUGCUUGAAGGGCAGAGAGUUACGCUCAGGUGUAAGGCGAGAGGUGACCCAGAGCCAGCCAUCCACUGGAUCUCUCCUGAGGGCAAACUGGUGUCUAACUCCUCCAGAACAUUGGCCUACUCCAACGGUACCCUGGACAUCCUCAUCAGUACAGUCAAAGACACGGGCUCCUUCACUUGCAUCUCCUCCAACCCUGCGGGCGAAGCCCACCAAACAAUAGACCUGCUCAUCAUAAAACUCCCCCACAUCUCCAACAACACCAACAACAUCCAGGAGCCCGACCCGGGGUCGUCGGACAUUUCCACUUCGACCCGAGGCGGAGUCAACGGGAGCAACGUGACGGGUGACGUGAAAGGCGGAGUGGACAAGAGGGUGGUGACGGCCGAGGCCACGUCCUCAACGGCGCUGAUAAAGUUCAACUUCCAGAGGACUGUUCCAGGCAUCAGGAUGUUCCAGAUUCAGUACAACGGGAGCCAAGAUGACUCUCUGGUCUACAGAAUGAUCCCGCCAUCCAGCAAGACUUUUCUGGUCAACAACCUCGCAGCGGGGACCCAGUACGACCUUUGCGUUCUGGCCAUCUACGAUGACGUCAUCACCUCUCUGACAGCGACGCGAGUCGUUGGCUGUGUGCAGUUCACCACCGAGUCGGAGUACAUGAGGUGUCAUUUCAUGCAGUCUCAGUUCCUCGGCGGGACGAUGAUCAUCAUCAUCGGCGGGAUAAUAGUAGCUUCGGUGCUGGUUUUCAUCAUCAUCCUAAUGAUACGGUACAAGGUCUGUAACCCCGGCGAUGGUGGGAAAGGCGUCUCACUGUCGAUGACCAACGUUCACUCACAGACCAAUGGGCAGCAGUCGCAGGGCUGCAGCGUGACUCCCAGCUCCUCUAAACACGGCGCCAUUGGAUCAGACGACGUCUCCGCGGGCUCAAAGAAAAGGAGCGGGGCGGCAGGAGGAGGAGGAGGUGGGGGAGUGUGCAAGGAUUCGAUAACUCAGUCGUCCGACUCGUCCCUGCCUGACUGCUCCACGACCACGUCGGUCCUCAGCCAGCCGUGGGGAGACGAGGAGAGAGCUCGAGCCGCCGUUUCGUCGCCCACCGCCGCCACCGGCUCCCUGACCAAGACAAAGAGGAAGCCCGGCUCGUCCGCCGCUGAAAGCCUCGCCUCGCCCUCCCCUCGGCCUCCUUCCUCCUCCGUAUCCACGGCCUCCUCUGCUCUCCUGCCCUCAACCCCUCUGGAGAACCUCAACACCAACCGCAACAACUCCACCUCGCUUAACCAAAGCCCAUCUUCCUUCCCCCCUCCCACUUUCUCCUGCUCCGGGGCCUCCCAGAGCCCCUCCACCUCCAACCGAUUUAGAGAGACCCCUAUCCUGCGCCGGGCUCCCCGCGCCGGCUCCUCGGCCUCCGCCAAGUACCAGACUCUCCCCGCGGAGGAGGCAGGGAGGAACAGGGCGAGGAGGAGGUACUCCCUCAGUGAAGGAGGCUCAAAGACCCACUUGUCCCAUAAGGGGGCCGGGGGAGCACCCAAAAUAGGGCGCACCGUGCGGAACAAAAGGAGCCAAUCCAUGAGCGGGAUUCUGCUCCACAAAGACGGGGAUGGAGACUCAGAAAAAGGGCGCUGCGAUUCGGAUUGGAUCUUAGAAAGCACGGUUUGAGUCAGUCCUGUUUGUUCAUCUUUUGAAUGAGUGGAUGUGUGUUACUCUAAAUUUCCCUAGAUGUGUGUUUGUGUGUUUUGGAUGUGGGUGCAGUUGGUGUGUGUGUGUGUGUGUGUGUUCACGUUGGAGCCUGUGUUUAUAGAUGCUUGGAAGGGGGAUCGGAUCGUGUGAAAGUGUGGACAUCUUUUUAUUUUUCGGUCUGUUUUUUAAAAUGAUUAUUUUCAUCAUUUUUUUCUCUGCAACUCUUUGAAUUCGGUUUACAGUUGUGGUUUUUUCACCCAAACGGUUUCCAGUGGUUCAGUCAGCGAGUGGAGAGCUCGCCUUGUCUCGUAGCGUUGAGUUGUCUCGUUGGUUCCACUUUUUAGCACAAAACAAGACAAUGGGCUCGCCACAUCGUCACACUCACCGUGUCUGAAAAUACCACGAAAAGGGAAAUAAUACAGCAAGAAAAAAAGAGGAAUCAAAAAAUCAAUAGAAAAACUGCAAAGCACACCGUUCUCACGCUCACAUGCCCACGGGACCACAGCAAGAGAAUAGCAGUCGGUGCCUUCUUUUGCACUAACAAACCCUCUGACAGAUGAUAUAUUGCGCUUUAGGACUCGAACUGGGACCACAGAGAGUUCACACAUCGCCUUUCUGACCUACGGAGGAGUAAAGGCGUCUCUUGACACUGAGACAGGAAGCAACAGACAAAUUAAGACUUUAACGGACCUUGAUUGAUAUUUUUUAAACAGAAGAAUGAAAAGAAAAAAAACAACCUAAAAGCCGUGUGAGCUUUGCACUGACGUUGGUAUACUAGAGCCUGUGUUGGUCACAAGCUACUGUACAGAAAAAGACAACAUGUACUGUGUUAUGUUGUGUAAAAUAAAAAGGGAUCCAAUGAAAAGUGGAAAUGUGAAGCGUGUGUUUUAUGGACAAAGUAUGCCUGUGAGGAGAUGUUGUGAUAUUUGCACAUUAAACCCAGGUUAUGUUCCGCCCACAUGUCUCCUGCCUCA